GUAAUGCCUCUCUAUCCAUUCCAAUACAAUCCAAACCACCAACCCCGUCGCUGCCCUCCUCGUCUUCCCCCUCAUUUCUUCUCCACCCCUUAAACCCCAAGCUAUGCUCCAUCUCUCCUUCCAUCCCAUCUCUUCCCGCUUCUCAUUCCUCCCCUCCAAAUCCCCCCUCACCGCCUCCGCUUCCCCGUUCCCCCUCUUCAAACCCAUCUCCCUUCCCCCUCCCCACCCACUCCUCCUCUGCUCCCCCUGCCGCCGGCGUCUCCCUCCCCUCCCUGCUGCAGACCCCUCUGUCUUGCAAUCCGUCGCCGAAGCCUCCGCUGUCCUCGCCGGCAUCAUAGUGGUCCACGAAUCCGGUCACUUCCUUGCCGCCUCCCUUCUCCGCAUCCGCAUCUCCAAAUUUGCUAUCGGCUUCGGCCCCCCUCUUGCCAGAUUCUCCUCCUCGUCGGGCAUCGAGUUCUCCCUCCGCUCCUUCCCCCUCGGCGGCUACGUCGCCUUUCCCGACGCCGACGACCCCGAGUUCCCCGACUCUGGCAUCGCCCCCGACGAUCCCGACCUCCUCCGCAACCGCCCUCUUCCGCAUCGAUUCCUCGUCGUCUCUGCCGGUGUGGUAGCUAAUCUUUUGUUUGCCUACCUCGUCCUCUUUUCCCAAUGCAUAUCCUUCGGCGCCGCCGCGCGGCAACCCCUUCCUGGUGUCCUCAUCCCCGAUGUCCGCCCCCUAUCCGCCGCCUCCGCCGCCGGAAUUCUCCCCGGCGACGUCAUCCUCGACGCGCCUUCCGUCUACGGUCUCGUCGAUCUGAUCAAGUCCAGCCCCGGCAAGAGCAUCCCACUCCAAAUCAGCCGCAAAACCCUACCGAACCCUUUCAUCGUUAAUGUUGUACCUGAUACGGAUUCUGACGGAACGGGCAGGAUCGGCGUGCAACUCUCCCCUAACUUCAGGGUUACUAGAGUCCGACCCGCGAAUAUCUUUGAAGCCAUUCGAUUCUCCGGAGUGGAAUUUGUUGCGCUGUCGGCCACAAUUUUGGAAGGGUUGAAGGAGACGUUUCUGAAUUUUUCGCAGACUGCUGGAAAGGUUGCAGGGCCGGUGGCAAUUAUUGCUACUGGGGCAGAGGUGGCAAGGUCGAGUUCAGAUGGGUUGUUUCAGUUUGCUGCUGUGAUUAAUUUGAAUUUAGCCGUGAUCAAUCUGCUACCACUGCCUGCGCUGGAUGGUGGAACUCUGGCUUUGCUGCUGGUGGAAGCGGCACGGGGUGGCCAAAAACUGCCACGGGAGUUGGAGCAGAGGAUCAUGUCUUCCGGGGUUUUGGUUGUUUUGAUGCUUGGUUUGAUACUCAUUGUGAGGGACACGCUUAAUCUUGAUUUCGUAAAGGAGAUGUUGUGAUGAGAAGAUGGGAAUCUGAAUCUGGAUUGGUUUUGGAGCUAAUUAUGCAAGAGGGAGCUCAUUGUGGCUGGGAUUGAUUGGGAUGGAGGCAGAGUUAUAUCGGUGGGUAAAGCACUAAAACUCUCUCUUUUUUUUUUCUUGAUCUUAUUUUUCUUCUGGUUUACAAUUCUAAGCAUGGAUGCAAAUAUGUUGUAAAGUGGGAGAACUGUUGAUGAGGAGUAUUUCAAUUGGUAACAUGUUAAUUGAUAACCGAGAAUAGUCAAUUAUGUGUACUUGCUCGAGCCAAAGUUUUAAUUGAUUGAAUAGUUCUAUACACUUUUUUCAGGUUA